UUUUUUCCUGGAAAAGAAAAAUGAGGAAGCGAUUUUAUAAACAUACAGAGAAUAAACAGGCCUUGUCCUUUGAAGGCCCAGAUUUGUGUGAAAAAAGGAAGAAAAAAAGCAGCAUGGUUGCAAUUCGAAUAGAAUGAGACCAAAGGAGACACGCGAGAAGAGAAAUACAGAGACUAUAUUAAUGACGAGGAUUUUGUCAAGUUUAAAGUCAAUGAGAACAAAAUAACUUUACAGGGCAAGCAUUGAGGAUUUCCUUACACGCAAAAGGAUAAAUACUCUGCAACAAUUUCCCAUUACCUGGCUUUCCAUUUAAUUCUGCACAUUUUUAGCUCUCUUAACUCACUGGGUUUUUUUCCUUUCCAUUUUGAGUUUUGAUCUGGAUUGAGCUCUGUUUUAGUUCAAUGGAAGUAUGUUAUCAGCUGCCGGUCUUGCCUCUAGACAGGCCGGUUCCCAAACAUGUUCUCAGCCGGAGGGGAGCCAUCAGUUUCAGCUCCAGCUCGUCUCUCUUCGGCGCCCCUGAUCCCAGACAGCUGUCACAGAGACGAGGAGCCAUCUCCUACGACAGCUCAGAUCAGACAGCUCUGUACAUCCGUAUGCUAGGAGAUGUGAGAGUAAGAAGCCAAGUCGGGUUCGAACCGGAACGAAGAGGAUCCCACCCAUACCUCUGCAUCGACUACCGAACGCUUCACUCUCGGCUCGGGUCCAGCUCGGCAGGGUCUGUGUCUGACGGGAGGAUCCACAGAUUUCUAAGCUUCCAGAGGAACCUCCGCUCGUCCCGUCUGCUCCGGGGAACAACCCAGCACAACCACCUCCUCCUCCUGGAUGAGGACUACCUAGGACAGGCCAGGUGCAUGCUGCAGAAAGUCGGGAGCUGGAAUUUUGACAUUUUCCUCUUCAACAGAUUAACCAAUGGAAACAGUCUGGUCACACUGACCGUCCACCUGCUCAACCAGUACGGCCUGGUGGAGCUCUUUCAGCUGGACAUGGUGAAGCUGUGGAGGUUCCUGGUCAUGGUCCAGGAGGACUACCACCACCAGAACCCCUACCACAACGCUGUCCACGCGGCCGACGUGACACAGGCCAUGUACUGCUACCUCCGGGAGCCCAAGCUGGCCAAGUCGCUCACUUCCUGUGACAUCCUGCUGGGUCUGCUGGCAGCUGCCACUCACGACCUGGACCACCCCGGGGUCAACCAGCCUUUCCUCAUCAAGACCAACCAUUACCUGGCUACUCUCUACAGGAAUACCUCCGUUCUGGAGAACCACCACUGGAGGUCUGCAGUGGGCCUGAUUCGAGAGACUGGGCUUUUCUCCCACCUACCUGCUGAAGACAGCCUUAACAUGGAGAGGCAGCUGGGCUCCCUGAUCUUGGCCACAGACAUCAGCAGACAGAACGAGUACCUGUCCAAAUUCCGCACGCACCUGGACCAGGGAGACCUGUGUCUGAGCCAAGCCAGCCACCGUCACUUCCUCCUACAGAUGGCUCUGAAGUGUGCGGAUAUCUGCAACCCCUGCCGACCCUGGGAGCUCAGUAAACAGUGGAGUGAGAAGGUCACAGCAGAGUUCUUCCGUCAAGGGGACGUUGAGAAGAAGCACAAACUUGAAGUCAGCCCACUGUGUGACAACGAAGUCAACUCCACUGGCAACAUCCAGAUUGGGUUCAUGUCAUACGUAGUGGAGCCUCUGUUUGCAGAGUGGGCCCGUUUCUCAGACACACGCCUCUCCCAGACCAUGCUGGGCCACCUGGGGCUGAACAAAGCCAGCUGGGGGGGGCUGAUGCAGGAGCCGUCCACCAGCAGCGAGGAGGCGGAGCCAAGCCCUGCUGCCACGGCGACCCCAUCCCAACCCACAGCCGCCUCCACGGAGUUGAAUGUCACGACAGUAGCGGACAAAAGCAACUCCAAAGAAAUACCUCAGGGAAGCAGAGAGUCCUGACACUCCAUGUUUGCCCUUUGACCCCCUGAUCCAUGGCCUGGGGUCUUUGUCACCCUUGGGAAGAGGGUGGGGAAGGAAUGAGUGUACCAGUCACCCCCCCCCCACCAAAUCCUGACACUU